AUGAAAUGUGGUGAAAAUGAGAAUGAAGUUGAUAAAUCAACCGACCCUAAUCUACUACACUUACCAGUGACCGAUGGUUCCUUAGAAUUGUUUAGACAUUUUGCUAAACAAAUCAAUCUUGAAGAUAUUGAUAGAGAGGCCGAGCUCAUCCAUUGGAGUCAUGAGCAUCCGCUAAUCCUUUUUGAUGUGCAAAAGGACGAUGAUAUCAAUGAUGAGAUUAUGUUAUGUGAUGGUUGUGUACAACCAAUAUCAUUUCCGUUUUACUUUUGUGCUCAAUGCAACUAUUUUCUCCAUUUUAGUUGUGUCAACUUACCAGUAGAAUUGCAGCACCCAAUUCAUCAUGAACACCUAAUGGAACUUCGUCGGGGUAUAAAAUUCUACACGCUCUUUCGCUGCGCUGCGUGUUUCAUACAUCAAAAUGGAUUCUUCUAUGGGUGUGAAAAGUGUGAAUUCUUCCUUGAUGUCAAAUGUGCUUUACUACCUUCUUCGAUUGCACAUCAAGCUCACAAGCAUCCAUUGGUUCAAAUGAAAGGUUCAAAAGAUCUCUGCAGUGGAAGUGGUUUCAACUUCUCUACAAGCGGAUUUAAAUGUGAUGAAUGCAAGUUCAAAAUAUCUCACUCCAGUGCUCAGCUCCCACCUACCAUCAAACAUGGAUGGGACAAACAUCUCCUCACCUUGAGCUAUCCUCCAUUUAGUGAUCAUCCUGAUGAGUUUCAUUGUGAAAUGUGUGAGGACGAAAUAAAUCCCCACCGUUGGAUCUAUCAUUGUCGUGAUUGCGAUCAAUCAUUUCAUACCAAAUGUAUUAAAGACUAUUAUUCAUAUGUCAAGUAUGGGGGCAAACUUGAAGUUAAUUGUCACCCACACCCUCUGACAUUUGUACGAAUGGUAAGGAAGAGGACCUCGUAUUAUAGUUGUGGUCAUGCUUCUGAUAUUUAUAGACCCAUAUUCGAAUGUGGAGAGUGUAAUUAUACAUUGUGCUUAAAAUGUAUUACUCUGAGUAUUUUGACUUAA